AUGAUUGUUAGACUUCGAACAUAUUUGUCACCGAUAUUUUAACCGGGGCAGAGAUGUUUCCCAACCGAGCCUUCAUCACCUCCAUCGCCAGAAUCUCCUCAAUUCUCCUGCACUCCUCCGCUGACUCAUGGCGCUCCGUCCCUGGAAACCCCCUCAUGCGGUGGCCCUCGCCGCCACCGCCCGGCCCACCCGUCCUAACCGACUCCAGCGAGGCACCACACCCAUCCUCAGCGCCGCUUACCGACGCCAGCUCCACCUCCGAAGACUCCGUCACCAUCUCCCAACUCCUCCUCACCACCGCCCCCGACGCCCUUGACUCGUCCCUCCUCCGCUCCAGCGUCGUACCCAGCCCUCACCUGCUCCAGUCCCUCCCUCUAUCCGACCUCCCUCCCACGUCCCUCCUCGCCCUCUCCCGCUGGGCCCGCCCCCAUUUUGUCUCUCUCGUCGACCUCCUCGCCCGCUCCCGCGCCUUCGACUCCGCCUGGUUCCUCCUCCUCGACGCCGCCCCCGCUCCCUUCCCCGCCUUCGCCGCCCUCUUCCGCCGCUACGCCCGCGCGGGGAUGCCUGCCGCCGCCAUCCGCACAUUCGACUACGUCCGCCGCCACCCGGAAGCGGUGGCAGCCAUGGAGGGGAAUCAAGACGGCGCCUUUGAGCUCCUCAUCGACGCCCUCUGCAAGGAGGGCCACACGGGGGCAGCGUCGGAGCUCGUUGGCCGGAGGAGGAGUGAGGCGGAGCCGCCCGGGUGGGCUCCCUCCGUCCGGGUCUACAACAUUCUGCUCCAUGGGUGGUUCCGGACGCGGCGGCUCCGGAAGGCCGAGAAGGUGUGGGAUGAGAUGCGGCGGGAGGGCGUCCGCCCCACCGUCGUCACCUAUGGGACCCUCAUCGAGGGGCUUUGUCGGAUGCGUCGGCCAGAUCAAGCUAACGCCUUGCUGGAAGAAAUGAGGGCUGCCGAGAUCGAGCCGAAUGCCCUCACCUGCAAUCCGAUUGUAGACGCCCUCUCUGAGGCCGGUCGGUUCAAGGACGCCCUCGGUAUGCUCGAAAAAUUUCCCCUUUAUGGUGUUUCUCCCAACAUAUGCACUUAUAAUUCACUGGUGAAGGGUUUCUGCAAGAAUGGCGAUCUUCUUGGUGCUAGCAAGAUUCUCAAGACGAUGAUUGGCAGGGGAGUUCUUCCCACCCAGACCACAUACAAUUAUUUCUUCAAUUUUUUUGCCAAGUUCGGAAAGAUUGAGGAGGGUAUGAAUCUUUACAAUAAGAUGAUUCAAUCUGGGUAUGCCCCAGAUCGGCUUACAUACCAGCUUUUGAUUAAAAUGCUGUGCGAGAAGGAGAAGUUAGAUUUAGCUGUUCCGUUGAUCAGAGAGAUGAACAGGAAUGGUUUUGAUUCAGACUUGGCUACGAGCACUAUGCUGAUGCAUAUGCUCUGUCGGAUGCGCAAAUAUGAGGAAGCUUGUGAUGAAUUUGAGAGCAUGAUUAAGAGGGGGGUUGUGCCACAGUACAUAACAUAUCGGAUUCUUGUGAAAGAACUAAAGAGGUCGGGGAUGCUUGAAAUGGAGAGAAAAAUAUCAAGGCUGAUGGAUUCUGUCCCCCAUUCUACUAAGCUUCCAGGAACUUAUAGGGUAAAGGAGCAGGGAGAGACUGUGGACUUGAGGAAGUCUAUAAUGAAGAAGGCCCAGCUGAUGUCUGAUACAUUGAAGACAUGUAAAGAUUCCAAGGAAUUAAGUAAGCUGAAGAGUUCGACGGAGAGUGCCAUGGAAAGUGCAAAUAGGUUGAUAACAUAUAUUAGAAGAAGAGUAUAUGCAGUAAAGAGUGAGUAGUAUAUUUGCUGGGUUGAUUGAGGAAUUUUUGUAAUAAGAUUGAGCUGAAAGUCUGAAGCUCAGUGGCAAGCUGAGAUUGGAACCAUCAUCUUCUUGGUAAUUUUAUUAGUUUUAAGGUGCAACAAACAAAUCAUGCUAGUGUUCUUCUUGAGUUCUUUCCACCAUUCCUGGAUGGUCAGCCAGUUAAGCACCACCACUUUUGAAGAAUCAAGGGAGCUAGGUGGGUGCGCUUGUUAGCACCAUAUCCUGCUCUAGCAAAGUCAUUGAGCCGUGACACCUGCUCGACAUGAUCAAUGAAAAUUUUGCUAUGAUAACUAUAUUAAAUCUGCUUCUACCUGCUGUUGUGGGAAGAUCCUCUUGCUACAUUUGUCUGCCUGCAAGCAUUAUGUGGCCAAGUUCUAAUCCAACUCGGAAUAUUUGUCAGGAUAAUUCCUACAAGGAAAGCCUCCGGCCUGGUUCCUCAAAGGAGCCACAGAUGGAACUGGCAAGGUGCAGGAGGUAGUUUGGUUGUGCUCUUCCCGUCUCUUGGAUUCAGUGUUUUGUUUUGUUUUUUUCUAUCGAGGAUACAUGGGAGAGGGCCUCAAAGCUGACUUUUGCUCUUUAAAUUAGUUUUCAAUGAAUGAAGAUUUCAUGAUUCCUCCAUCCAUAAAAAAGGCUCUCUUUUUUUUUUUUGAUGGCAAUGGGAGGUUCAGCCACCUGAAAAAUGGGACCACCCGAAAUUUAUUAUGUACAGUAUAUUUCAUGGAUUAUUUACAAGAUGGUUUGGCUUGCUUGGGGCUUACAGGAGCCCCAAACCAACCCGAUGGCUGACGACUUUUAAGAUGGAAUACUUAGUCAGCAGAGCUGUAGAACUUUUCUUUGUGAAACAAAGUCUUUUUCUGUUUAAGAAACUGUUACCCACUUUAUGACUUCUGUUUUUAGCUGUGAGAUUAUUUCUACUUGCUUAGCUUUCCCCUUGUAGCAUGAAGUCCAGUUGUCCAGGAGGAAGAUUGCACGUUGGUAGAUCAUAUUCCGAGAGAGAGCUUCAAAAUGAAGCAGUCUCCUUUUCCUCUCUUUCCAUAGGGUCCAGCAGACAGUUGAGACGAACCUAUCUCAAGCUCGCUUGUGAACCUUGAUGUGGAGCUUGCUUGGCCAAUCCUUCCACAUGUUUUUGAUGGAAACUGUGGGCUGGGGGAUGUGAAGCUUCUGUGUUAUCCUUUGCCAAAUUGGUGCGAUGUAUCUGCAUGAUAUGAACAGAUGAUCUGUGGUUUUGUUUUCAGAACAGCAAAGGGGGACGGAUUGUGGACCUUGAGUCCUCCUUUUAGACAAAUUCUGUGCUGUUAAAAUUCUGGUGUUCCCAUCUUCCUAAUGGUUCCUGGUGUGGAAAAUACAAUAUUCAAGGUGUUAGGAUUGAUAAUUUUCUUAGUCUACAACAUCCUUGUCUUAUAAAAGCUGGGUCCCAUCAUGAACUAUUUCUUUCCAAUUGUAUGACUAGGCAAUUAAGAAUGAAACAACAUUACGUGCAAAUUUUCUUGGUCAGAA